GCUGUGAUGUGAGAAGUAACUGAAUGACAAAGCAAUGAAAGAUUAGCCGCUAGUAGUAAAGCUAAUGCUAACCGCUGACAUUAACGAGACAACUGGUCAAACCGCACAGCUGCGUGACAACAACGUGUUAACGAAACUACGCGACACUAAAAUAGCGAGCUGUUUACCUGCUGUCGGUACUUUUACCGCCUGCUAUUGUGGCAACGUUGAUGUCACUCCUACCCGCCAGUUUGCUGCCAGCCAGUGGAGUCAGACUGUAUUGUGCCACACAGGUAGCUUGUGGCCAAUGCCACAGGCACGACCUGCAGAGAGAAGUGGACUAUCAACCCAAGAAAGAGCUGUCAAGUUGGCCUCAACAGAGCUGUCCUGUCCCCUCGUGGCUGUUGGACUGAAAAGGGAGUGCCUGUGGAUCCACUGACAGUAAAAGUUGUCAUGUCGGAGUUAAAUAAAGAGGUGGUGGAUUUGGUUUGGGGCAGACCCUCCAGUGGAGGAGUGUCUGCCUCCAUCUUUCGCAGAUGGACCCAAGGAUUUGUUUUUAGUGAGAAUGAACAAACGGCACUGGAGCAGUUUGAAGGAGGGCCGUGUGCUGUCAUUGCUCCUGUCCAGGCUUUCCUCUUAAAGAACAUUCUCUUCAGCAGAGAAAGUUCCAACUGGAGACAGAUGACAGAGGAGGAACAGAAAACAGCAUUGUGUUCCACUCUGAGUGAAAUCUUGGAGUCUGCCUGCUCCAGCCCCUCCACAGGGUUCUGCCUUGUGACCUGGGCCAAGGGACAGAGCCCACAUACUAGCACACAUACUAACACGCAGACACAGACACAAACACAGUCGCAGUCACAAACACAGGACAUGCCAGAGCCAGAGAGCAGCCAGCCGCCACAGGAACAGCAACCCACUGCUUUGGCUGCUGAGGACCUUGGCUUUGAGCGAUUUCACAGUGUUCUCCACAAGCGGACUGUAAUGUCAGUAUCUGGUCUCAGAGAGGAGGUGCUGUCUCUCUACCACACCUGGAGGGGGUGCUGUGGAGUCUUGCUUUUCCUCUACUCUGUCAUUCUCGCCAAGGGCAUAGAGAAUAUCAGAAAUGAGAUUCAGGACACAAUGGAGCCUCUCAUAGACCCUGUGCAUGGUCAUGGCAGUCAGAGCCUGGUGAACCUCCUUGUAACUGGUCAUGCUGUCUCUAAUGUCUGGGAUGGAGACAGGGAGUGCUCUGGCAUGAAACUACAUGGUAUUCAUAAGCAAGCAUCAGUUGGCUUUCUUACACUUAUGGAAUCACUACGCUACUGCAAGGUUGGGGCAUUCCUCAAGUCUCCAAAGUUCCCUAUUUGGAUCCUUGGCAGUGAAACUCACCUCUCUGUGUUUUUCACGAAGGAGAUGUCCCUGGUAGGCCCAGAGUCUCCAUCAGAACAGGCAAGGAGGGUCUUCCAGUCAUUUGAUCCUGAAGAUAAUGGCUUCAUCCCGGAGUCUCUGCUGGAAGACGUGAUGAAAGCCCUUGACCUUGUCUCUGAGCCUGAGUAUGUCAGUCUGGUGAAGAGCAAGCUGGAUCCGGAGAGUUUGGGCAUAAUUCUUCUGGGCCCGUUCCUGUUGGAGUUUUUCCCUGAUCAGGAUUCAGGAAUCCCGGACUCCUUUCCCAUCUACCAUUACAAUGGACUUAAACAGUCUAACCACAACGAGAGGGUGGAGUAUGUGGAGGGGACAGCUUUGGUGCUAGGUUUUGAGGACCCCAUGGUUCGGACAGACGACACUCCAGUCAAGCGCUGCCUACAGACCAAGUGGCCCUACAUCGAGCUGCUGUGGACCACCGACCGCUCCCCAUCACUGAACUAGCAGUGACACAAUCUGUGUGUGUGUGUGUGUGCGCGCGUCUGUGUAUGUGGAUGUGAAUAAAGCACUCCUGCUACACACACACAGACACACACACCUCUCCAGCUCCCCCUCUGCACACUGACCCUAAAAGGUCAGCAGAUCACAACGACUGACACACGUAUAGGACGACGACGAAUGAGAAAACACAUAAAUGCACACGAGAGACUGAGACACACAUUGUUCAUGGACUAAACAAACAUGCCUGAGAUCCAUCCUGUCAUUCUCACUCACACAUUCCACAAAAGUGCAGACUCACCUUUUCAAAUUCAUGCUAUUGUCUGUUCACCAUGGCUUGUAAUUGACACGCAGGAUGUUGAUGUGAUUAUUUAAAACAAAAACAAAAAGAAUGACUGUUUAUUUUUUAAAGCUCUGCUCUGUGCCGACACCUCUGCUACAGUUCAGCAGUGGACAGAUAGUCACUGUUUAGCGAGCAAAACUGGUUUGGUUCAGCGACUUGAAUGUGUCACCAAAUCACAUUCUGAUCCAUAUGUACAGUCGACUGUGAAACACUACUGUUAAUCCAGCUAUAGGACUGUUUGAGGGAAAACCUACCAAAGCCUUCCACACACACACACACACACACACACACACACACACACACACACACACACACACACACACACACACUAUCACACACACACACUAUCACACCCAUUUUACGGCGUUUACAGUGUAAAGGGACCAACCCAGACACAGAGAGCUGGAGAUCUGAACAGGAGGUUUCUUCAGUGUUUUCACCAAGAUGAAGCUGGUUUAGGUGCUUUGUGUGAAUGUGCAUGCUUCAUGCACCACACUAGGAUGGUUGGCCAAGUGCUCAUGUAUUUAUUAUCGCACUCAAAGGUUCUGGAAUAAACACU